CUUGAGUAGGCAGUUUCGAGUGAUGGCGACCUUCCUCCGCCUGGCUGUGAUCCUCCUCACAACAACUUCAGUCUUUUCUCGCGUCCCACAGGACAAUGUUGAUAAUGAAGAUCAAACCUGGAGAGGAGGAGGAAAGGAAGGAGAAGGAGGAGGAGGAACAGAGACAACGCGCUCAGUGAUCCCAGAUGGUCGUGAACCUCCACCGCCUGUGAGUGGGAAGUUUGGUGCAGGUGUCAGUGAGGGUGGUGUUGAGAACCCCUUCCAACUAAACCUGCUGGAGGUGCUGCAGAACAUGUCCUCCCAGCAGCAGGGCCCCUCCCCCUCCAGCACCACCACCCUGCCCCCUGACUACUACUCUGGCCUGCCCACUGUGUCCUGCUACAAGUGCUACCAACCCAACUGCGACAGCCUCACCACCUGCCACAAUGCUCUGAAGUGCUGGCAGGCUCAAUACAUGACGGACAAUGGACAGCUGGUGAACGCACGCGGCUGCCUCUCCAAGCCGGACCACGUGCCCAUGCAGUGUAACAUUAAGACAAACCCAGAGAGGCCGCUCAUCAUGGACUGCUGCAAUACGGACAUGUGCAACAAUGGCACGCUGCCCCCCCUGCCCUCCUUUGCCAAAGAUGGUGCCGGCGGUGAGUCCCAGCUGCUCCGAGUGUUCCUAUGGCACGUGUUACCCAUCCUGGGCGUGGUGGUGGUGGCGGUGGUAGUGGUGGUGGUGCUUCGUCGUGCCCACCAGCGCCGCAUGAGGGAGUACGCCGCCGCUGCCGCCUCCGCCCUGCCGCUACACCACAACCUCUACCGGGAUGACCUCAGAGCCACGGCCGCUGGGGACUCUACUCUGAGGGAGAUCUUCAACGACUCCAUCACCUCAGGCAGCGGGUCGGGUCUUCCUCUGCUCAUCCAGCGCACACUCGCCAAGCAGAUCUGGCUGGCAGAGGUGAUUGGCAAGGGGCGGUAUGGCGAGGUGUGGUGCGGGGUGUGGCAGGGAGAGAAGGUGGCUGUCAAGAUAUUUUUCUCCCGUGAUGAGGCGUCCUGGGCCAGGGAUACAGAAAUAUACAGCACGGUUCUUCUACGCCACGAGAACAUCCUUGGCUUCUACGGCUCGGACAUGACGUCGAGAGGGUCAUGCACACAGCUCUGGCUCGUCACACACUACCACCCGCGCGGCUCCCUGCACGACUACCUCACCACCCACACCCUCGACCACACGGGCCUCAUCACUGUCGCCCUCUCCACCAUCAACGGCCUCCUCCACCUCCACACUGAGAUAUUCGGUAGUCAGGGGAAGCCAGCCAUUGCCCACCGAGAUAUAAAGUCCAAGAAUAUAUUGGUGAAGUCACACUCAGGCGCCUGUGUGAUCGCUGACUUCGGCCUGGCGGUGAUGCACACUCAGACCACCGGCGAGAUCAACAUAAGCAACAACCCGCGUGUCGGCACCAAGCGAUACAUGAGCCCUGAGGUCCUCAAUGAGUCGAUCAACAUGAGCGUCUUCGAGUCAUUCCGCAAGGUUGACAUCUACGCGUUGGGACUCGUGCUGUGGGAGGUGUGUCGUCGCUACGUGUCGAACGGCCUCGUCGAUGAGUACCGUGUCCCCUUCCAUGACCAGGUUCCGUCCGACCCCAGCUUUGAUGACAUGAAGAAGGUGGUGUGUGUGGACCAGCAGAGACCCAUGAUUCCCAACCGAUGGACCUCCGACCCGGUAUUGGCGGGGAUGUCUAAGAUCAUCCGUGAGUGUUGGCACCAGAACCCCAAUGUGAGGCUGACGGCUCUCAGGGUCAAGAAGUCCCUCAUGAAGCUUGCGCAGGAGGACACAAAGAACAAGGUGGACAUCGACUACUGAAGGGGACGAGGAGGCUAUUUAUAUCCUGAAGCUUUCCCAGGAGGCACAUCAGUCGGUAUGUGUGGGGGUUUUAUGUGGUGGGACGUGGCUGUGUGUUUCCCUCCCCGUUGAGUGGUUAUCUUUGUGGCUGCAGUGGAAUGCCAAGAGGAGCUGUGAGAUGAGGAAUGUGAGGGGGUUGUAAUGUUGUGGUAUGUGGCUGGGUUCACAUGGAGAGAUGGGGUGUCCAGUGAGGAGGUGGCAAGAUGUGGAUUGUGAGCGGAUUACAGUGAUGAGAGUAAGGAGAGUGAGGUGGUUUGGGCAUGUGAAGAAAAGAGAGGAUGGUGAGGCAUAGAAGAGAGCUGUUUGGGUGGAAGUACCAGGUUGUCACUCACCCUACAGGCCAAGGAAGACAUGGAGGCGGUGUGCUGAAGAGGAUUUGGCAGCACUAGACUUUGGAUAGGCUCAGGCAUUGGACAGACAUAGUUGGUAGUGUAUCAUCUGCUGUAUGGGAAAAUGUGAUGUUAAACAGAAGAUGAUGAUGAUGAUGUGAUGGUAAAUGGGAUCUCUAUAUUGAGGAAUUGAGGAGAGUAGAAGUUUUUGCUACAUCUUAAGAUCUUUGUUGGGUUUCAAAAGCACUCAAAGGUCUAGUGUGAGAAGGGGAUGUGAUGGGGUUGUAAUUCUUUCCUGUAUGUGUGAGGUUUUCCAUGUGAAGCUGAAGUGAUGGGGGCACGGACAGAAAAUGAUAUGUACGUUUGUAAGCCUUUGUAGAGCUAUCGUGUGUGUGUGAAAAUGAAACCGAGAGAGACCAGUAGUAAGGCAAGAACAGAUAGCGAUAUUAAUGUAACCCUUCAUAAAGCUAUCAUGUGUCGCCUUAAGAUUGAGUGGGAUUUGAACGUGCUCUUUAAGGGGCAAGACCAAGCAACAGAAGGGAAUGUCCAUGAAGCGACAAGUUAGGGUGGGAUGGGAGACAUGCCGUGCUGUUUAUGUUUAAGGUUCAGAGAUGUAUAGGUAUGAGUAUAUAAUGCCUAUGUGUAUUCUUGGCUUGUGUUGAACUUGAAGUAAUGCAAAGAGGAAGGCAAGCACAGAGUGGAUAUUUAAGUAUGGAUGGACAGAAAUGGAGAUAAUGGAUUGUCAUGGGACUGGAGUGCUUGUCCUUAUAUACUCACAGUUUCCUUGACAUUUGGGUGCAUGGUGGUGAAACGUGUUGGGAUUUGUAGGGUUUUGUAUAUGUGUAUAAGAUUAGUAUUUUCAUAAGAGGAGGAGGUUGUGAAAGAGAUGGAAUAGAAUGAAAUAGUGAAGAUAUGGGAGAGUAGAAGGUGAGAAGGAGAAAUAGUCAGGUAUAAGAUAAUUUUGAAAGAAGGAGGAGGAGGAGAUGAUGGAAAAGGUGGAAUAGAUUGAGAUAGUGAAGAUAUGGAAGAGUAGAAGGCGAGAAGGAGAAAUAGAGUGAGGUAUAAGAGGAUUUUGAAGAGGAGGAGGAGGAGGAGGAGGAGAUGAUAGAAAAGGUGGAAUUGAAUGAGGUAGAUGAGGAUUUUGAGAAGAGAGAGGAGGAGGAAAUAGUGAAAGGAAGGACGAAAGUGAGAGAUAUGUGGAUUUAGAAGUGGAGGAGGUGGUAGAAAGGAGGAAUAGAGCAAGGUAUAUGAAGAUUUUGAAGAGGAGAAGUAGGAGGAUGUGAUGAAGAUAAUGAAAUAGAUUGAGGCAGAUGAAGAUUUUGAAAAGGAGGAGGGGAAGAAAUUGGCAAAAGGAAAGAAUAUAGUGAGAUUUAUGAGGAUUCUGAUGAAGAGAAGGAGGAGGAGGAAGAGGAGAAGGUGAUGUAAAAAGAUUGAUAGGUUAGGUAAAUAAGGAUCAUGAAGAGGAAGAAAACAUGAAAGAGGAAGAGAUGCAAUUGUGUUUUGGGUUCUGCUGGAGAUAAGUAUAUUCGCACAACAAUAGUCUGAUCACCAAACACUUAAAAUAAUUUCCUAAGGCCCCGUUCACACUGUGCUGACUCUGGGCCGCGACAACCCAGCGACUAUUAAGCCCCCUUCACACUGUGCCGACUCAGCAUCCGGCGAUUGUUUCUUGACCUCUUUUCGACCAUAUGCGACCCUUUCACAUCAACAUUUCAAACCCAAGACCUCGUAUACCCCGAGUUGCCGGGUUGUCGUGGCCCAGAGUCGACACAGUGUGAACGGGGCUUAAGGCUGUUUUGUUCACUGUCAGAUGACCCUGGUAACAAUGCACAAAGAGUUUACGAUUUAUUUUUCUAUAUCUUUUGAGGCAUUCGGUGUCGUACGCAUAGAUUCACAUUAUUAUUCAUUAUGUCCUUUAAAUCUAACUUACCACUAAUGAUAACAAUAACAGUAAUAAUAACAAAUAACAUAAUAACAACCAUAACAUUAUUAACAACGUGAAUUAACUAUAACAAUGAUGCCCUGUGUUAGAGUAAAAUUUAUUCAGUAUUUCUUGACUGUAGUUUUAUGUUUAGGAAGUGAGUGAAGACAUGAAUCAUCACUCCAUUUGCUUGCUACAUGAAUGAGUAUGAUGAGGUGGGUUCAGGAAGAGGAGGAGGAGGACAAGAAUGAAGAGAGAGAAGAGAUGGAGGAGGACAAGGAUGAGAAUGAGGAGAAGGAAGAGGAGGAAGACAAGAAUGAAGAGAGGGAAGAGAUGGAGGAGGACAAGAAUGAGAAUGAGAAGGAAGAGGAGGAAGAUGAGAAUGAGAAGAAGCAAAAGAAAGAGGAGGAUGAGAAGGAAAAGGAGGAGUAGACAUAAGAUGAGGAAGGCAAGGCAGACCAAGACAGCCCACAGAUAGGAAGGAGGUGACAGAGUGAGAUGCGACAGAGAAGGAGACGAUGAAGGAAACACAGGUGGUGCAUGACAUGAGGACAGUGAUUAAGGACCAAGGAGAGGCUGGUCAUAGCUUUAGGGGACUUAGAGUGAGACAGGGCAAGGAAGGGUCCAAGAAAAGAAAAAAAAAAAAGUGAAGUCGAGGAGGGAGAAACGAAAGGUUGAAAAAAGUGAGGCAGAGAGAAAGAAGGGAGAUCGGAGAGUCAAAGAGAUGGUUCAGUAGUCAGGUUGCAUUGAGAGGAAGCAGUCGCAGUAUUGGAGACCAGGGCAUCAGAAUCGAGGCUGACGCUAAGUAGAGUAACACCGAAGCUUUCUCACCAUUACUGUUAUCGUGGCGUUUAUUAAUUUUUGAAUGCCGUUAGUGAUUGACUGGCGGCUUUAAACUUCUUCAACAAAUAAGGCGAUUCAUGACUUUUUACGAGAAGAGCAACAGUUACUUAAUUUUGCAAACGCUGGGGAAUGUUGCGUAUGUCUGUAUGGUUGACUGGUUGAUUGAUGGGUUGAUUGGCUGACUCAUUGAUUGGUUAGUUGGUUGAUAGGUUGAGAGGUUGACUUGUUGGUUGAUGGGUUGAUUGGCUGACUUAUUGACUGGUUGGUUGAAUGGUUGAAAGGGUGACUGGUUGGUUGAUGGGUUAAUUGGCUGACUCAUUGACUGGUUGGUUGGUUGAUCAGUUGAAAGGGUGACUGGUUGGUUGAUGGGUUAAUUGGCUGACUCAUUGAUUGGUUGGUUGGUUGAUUGGUUGAUUCAUGGGUUAAUUGACUGACUCAUUGACUGGUUGGUUGAUUGGUUGAAAGGGUGACUGGUUGGUUGAUGGGUUAAUUGGCUGACUCAUUGACUGGAUGGUUGGUUGAUCAGUUGAAAGGGUGACUGGUUGGUCGAUAGGUUGAUUGGCUAACUCAUUGACUGGUUAGUUGGUUGAUAGGUUGAGAGGGUGACUGGUUAGUUGAUGGGUUGACUGGAUGGUUGGUUGAUCGGUUGAAAGGGUGACUGGUUGGUUGGUGUUGUGUUCUAAUCCUCACUUGACAAGCCUCAGUGAGUGUGAUAGCCAAGUGGUGCCAUAAGUACUAGUAGUAACAUACAAUCAAUGACUCUGUGCUGUGGAGGCCUCUGUAUAAAGUAAGCUAAGUCUCCCUACCUUCCUCCUGUCUUCUCCGUCUCGGCGAUAUGCUUCUUUCUUCUUCUGCUUCCGUCGUCUUUGGUUUUAUUAAGUACCGAUGUGUGUGAUCUCGUGUGAUAUAUAUUCUGGAAGUUACUCGUAGUUAGAGCUAUUUUUUGUUGUUUUCUGUAUAUAGGUUUCCUUAUAUGUGUUGCAGUGAUACAUAUAUUAAUAGAACAUGUCCUUUUUUUCUUUACUUUUUAAUUUUCUUGAUGUUGUAUUGAUGCAUAUAAUACGACACCUUGUUUUCUUGUGUAUUUUCUUUAUAUUUCUUUAUGUUGAGAAAUAUAAUACACUUCAGUUUUUGUAAUGUAUUUCUUAGCAUUGCUGUAACACAUGUAAUACAACUUUUUUUUUUACAUUGCAGUGAUGAUACAUAUGAUGCAACACUUUUUUUUUUUUUUCAUUUAAUAUCUUCAGUGAUAUGAUACGACACAUCAUUAUUCUUGUUGUUGUUGUUUUUUUACAUUGCAGUGAUGAUACAUUUGAUACAGCACAUUUAUUUUACAUUUAACAUUUUCAGUGAUACAAUACAAUACAUCAUUACUCUUGUUUGUAUUUUUUUUUUUUUUUUUUUUGACAUUGAAGUGAUGAUACAUUUGAUACAACACAUUUAUAUUAUAUUUAACAUCUUCAGUGAUACAAUACAACACAGCAUUAUUCUUGUUUACAUUUUCUUAACAUUGCAGUGAUCCAUAAAAUACAGCACUUUUUACAUUCUACAUUUUCAGUGACAAUACAACACAUUAUUUUAUUACAUUUUCUCUUUCGCAGUGAUACAUAUAAUACAACCCGUCAUUUCUCGAAGCCUGUCCUCAGUGGUUGUUAGGUCGUCUGAACCGCCGGAGUUUUGGUUGUGGGCACAAGUGGCAGCUACAGUUGUUAUAAGCUAAGGAAGGACAGUCACCAUGAUCCACUUGUAUACAGAUAUUGCUUCUUUUUCUUUCUCUCUCAUGCCUGAUUUUUUUUAGUCUCGUAUCAGUCUCCAUCAACAGUAAUGUGGCUGAUUUGUCUUAUUUUGACCUGUUUUUCGGGGUGUGGUUAGUUGGCUUUGUUGAUUUUUUAUGUCAUCUUUUACGACUGAUGGUGUUGGUGGAAAUAUAUAUAGACAGCCCAAAAUUCCGUCAGUUAGUUUUGUAUGGCAGAAAUAUAACAACACCUAUAUAUAGACGAUAGUUAAAACACCUCUUAUGUGAUGUAACUAUACUUAUGCUGCGGUCCUAAGGUCGGCAGUGACUAUAUAUAUAGACGAUUCAUUUUGGGGGAGCUACUCUUCAAAUACUGCCGCCGUCGAAGGGUUAGUAAUGUCGACUGAACUCUGAAAAUCCAACCCUUCUAACUAACUCCGUCCCAAACAUUGAAUGAAAAAGCCAAACUAGCCACACGACUCAAAAAAUGCUAAUAUACGACAUUUAAAAAAUCAGGUGUAUUUUAUUUUUGUUCAUUCUGUGUAACGGCAUGACAAGCAGGAAUUAGCAGGGUUCCGUUAGGCAGUGUUAUUAAAGAUUUUAUUACUG